GCUUGCCUUCCAGCGCCGCUUGCGCUCCGGAGCGCUGGCUCUGCUGGCGCUAAGAAAUGGACCAAUUUUGACAAGAUAUAGUACUGCAGUGUGCCUGAUGGGAUAUAUUCAGUCAUGGCGUCCGAACUUUGUAAGACGAUCUCUGUGGCAAGGCUGGAAAAGCACAAGAAUUUGUUCUUAAAUUAUAGGAAUCUGCACCAUUUUCCAUUGGAGUUACUGAAAGAUGAGGGACUGCAGUACUUGGAGAGACUCUAUAUGAAAAGGAACUCCCUGACAACCUUGCCAGAAAACCUUGCUCAGAAGCUUCCAAACCUUGUGGAACUAUACCUGCACUCAAAUAACAUAGUUGUGGUUCCGGAAGCCAUUGGGUCUCUUGUAAAACUCCAAUGUCUGGAUCUUAGUGACAAUGCCUUAGAAAUUGUUUGCCCAGAAAUUGGUCGUCUGAGAGCUUUACGUCAUCUUCGAUUAGCUAAUAACCAACUGCAAUUCCUACCUCCAGAGGUUGGCGAUUUGAAGGAGCUGCAGACACUAGACAUUUCUACCAAUCGUUUGCUAACUUUACCCGAGAGGCUUCACAUGUGCCUUUCUCUGCAGUACCUCACUGUGGACCGAAAUCGUCUAUGGUAUGUGCCGCGCCAUCUCUGCCAGCUGCCCAGCCUCAAUGAGCUCUCCAUGGCUGGAAACCGUCUUGCAUUUUUGCCACUUGAUUUAGGUCGAUCUCGAGAACUACAGUAUGUAUACGUGGAUAACAACAUUCACCUGAAGGGCUUGCCAUCUUAUCUGUACAAUAAAGUCAUCGGGUGCAGUGGCUGUGGUGCUCCCAUUCAAGUUUCCGAGGUGAAGCUGCUUUCCUUUUCAUCAGGGCAGCGAACCGUUUUCCUCCCAGCCGAGGUGAAGGCCAUAGGGACGGAGCAUGAUCACGUCCUCCCUCUGCAGGAAUUGGCCAUGAGAAGUCUGUAUCAUACCUACCACAGCUUGCUGAAAGAUUUGAACUUUCUGUCUCCAAUCUCAUUACCCAGAAGUCUCCUGGAGCUGCUGCAUUGCCCUCUGGGGCACUGUCAUCGGUGUAGUGAGCCUAUGUUUACCAUCGUCUACCCCAAGCUCUUUCCCUUGAGAGAGACGCCAAUGGCAGGGCUGCACCAGUGGAGGACAACUGUUAGUUUUGUGGCUUACUGCUGCUCCACCCAGUGUCUGCAGACUUUUGACCUGCUGAGUUGAUAAACACUCAAGAGCCUCAGGAGCGCUGCCAGCUUGACACUGGGGAAUCCAGCCAGUCCAGCACACUCUUCCAUUCUGUCCUGUCCAAUGCGGGGGCACUGCAGAACUCUCUGGAAAUGUCGUGAUUGAGCUUCAGAGCUAAAAUGCCUUCACCCUUCCCCCAAGUUGGAAUAUAUCCCCCAAAUUAAGGACCCGUUUGUCUUC